UCGGGCCCCCGGCCGCCACAGUCACCUCGGCCGCAGCCGCCAUCGGCCUGAUCCCCGCCCACAGCCAUGGCCGAGGACCUCUCUGCGGCCACGUCCUACACCGAAGACGAUUUCUACUGCCCCGUCUGUCAAGAGGCGCUCAAAACGCCUGUAUGGACCGCGGCCUGUCAGCACGUUUUCUGUAGAAAAUGUUUCCUGACUGCAAUGAGAGAAAGUGGAAUACAUUGUCCCCUCUGUCGUGGAAAUGUAACUAGAAGAGAGAGAGCUUGCCCUGAACGGGCUUUAGAUCUUGAAAAUAUGAGGAAGUUUUCUGGUAGCUGCAGAUGCUGUGCAAAACAGAUUAAAUUCUAUCGCAUGAGACAUCAUUACAAAUCUUGUAAGAAAUAUCAAGAUGAAUAUGGUAUUUCUUCUAUCAUUCCAAACUUUCAGAUCUCUCAAGAUUCAGUAGGGAACAGUAAUAGGAGUGAAACAUCCACAUCUGAUAACACAGAAAUUUACCAAGAGAAUACAAGUUCUUCUGGGCAUCCCAAUUUUAAGUGUCCAUUGUGUCAAAAAUCCAAUUUUACCAGACAGCGUUUACUGGAUCACUGUAACAGUAAUCAUAUAUUUCAGAUAGUUCCUGUGACAUGUCCUAUUUGUAUGUCUCUUCCAUGGAGAGAUCCUAGCCAGAUUACUAGAAAUUUUGUUAGUCAUCUAAAUCAAAGACAUCAGUUUGAUUAUGGAGAAUUUGUGAAUCUUCAGCUAGAUGAGGAAACCCAGUAUCAAACUGCUGUUGAAGAAUCUUUUCAAGUCAACAUCUGA